UGCUUUUACUUGCUGGAUAACGAUGGCUUUCCCAGAGUUUACAUCGGAAUAAUUAAACUUCAGAUAAGAUCUUAAACACCGAGCACAUCCGAAGUUGAUGGCCUGUCUUGCUCCCCCUGUCCCAUCUGCUCUCGCCUCACUUCUUUCCACGUUGCUUCCCUGCGGCUUUGCCGUGGGGCCUUCACGGCUCUGUGAGGGCAGGCUUGGGCUGUGGUGGGUCGGCCGCUUCCUGGAGGCUGGGUCCCUGCUGGGGAGGGAGGGGGACGCAGAGUGGGCCUUGAAGUAUCUCAGUGACCCGAUGGCUCGCGGUCGAGACCGUGAACUCACGAUGAACUCUGAGUCCGGAACAGGAUCCAGCACAGAGGCGGAGAAGGCGCUGAUGGAAAUGGCAGCAGAUAAAGAGGCUCUGCUACAAAGUGCCGUCUGGAUCAGAUUUGCCUGCCAGGUGCGAAGCAGAGCCCAGCAGAACGUGGCGCUGCAGUGUACCUGUGGAGAGGUGUGUGUGGGCGAGUGUGUGGAAGUGUGUCUGCGUGUGUGUCGGGACAUCCAGCCGGGAACAGAGCUGCUGCUGUACGGAGACACAACAGGCAAACCUGAUGAGCAGGACAAGUCCACUGGACAGACAGAUAACAAGGUGGAAAACACAAAAGACCCAGAGGCUGUCGUUACCAACAUAUCUAUCGUUCAAGAAAAGGAAGGAGAGACCGAAGACAAACAGGAGAAAACACAGGAGGAGGAAGAGGAGGAGGAGGAAGACCAGCACAGAAGACCACGCAGAUGCAUGAAGAGGAGUCACCCAGCGCGAGGAGAGGCGAGAGCUGAGAAACUCGUGGACAGUCGCACCUGCAGUGAUAACGUGACAUCAGCAGGUGCACACAUGUGCAACGCAGGUAGAGAGCCAGCUGCUGCAGACAGACAGACAGACGCUGCGCCCCCUGCUGUCCGCUGCAGCUCCCGCCUGGCCGCCAAACCGCGCCGCGUUCACUGUCUGACCGGCCGGGCGAAGCGACCCUCCGCCCGCCCCGGGCCGCCCAAACAGACAGAGGGACCGAGCCCCCUCCAAGCCCCCACGCCCGACGCGCAAAGGCUGGUUUCUAUGGAGACACCGCAACCUCCUGCGGCCGGGCCGGCGCCCUCGUGGCGUCCAGAGGUCAGAGAGAGGCGGUACAGAUGUUCCAGCUGCGGUAAAAAGUUCUUCCAGAUCGGCCACCUAAAGAAACACCAGUUCAGUCACACAGAGGAGAAACCCUUCAGCUGCCACGAGUGCGGGAAAAACUACACCUCUGCAGAAAGCUUCAGAGCCCAUCAAAUGAGUCACCGAGGGGAGCGUCCGUUCUCCUGUCCUCACUGUGAGAAGACCUACGGCCUGAAGCGGGACCUGAAGGAGCACCUGGUCCUGCACACCGGAGAAAAACCCUACGUGUGCGAGCACUGCGGGAAGGCGUUCGCACGCCGCCCCUCGCUACGCAUCCACCGCCUCCUUCACUGCAGCAGAAUGAUUUACACACAGCCUCCGAAGGUGCAGUGCUCGCUCUGCCCCAAGCUGCUGGCUAACUCCGGCUCUCUGAGGAACCACAUGAAGCUCCACACGGGGGAGAAGCCUCACACCUGUCAGCACUGUGGCAAGAGUUUCAGUCAGAAAGGGAACCUCGAGUGUCAUCUGAGGAUUCACAACGGAGAGAAGCCGUACCCUUGCACCGAGUGCGACCAGAGUUUCUCCCAGAAGCCAGAGCUGCGUCGGCACAUGUUUUCCCACACCGGGGGCGGCUUCCUCUGUAGCUACUGUGGAAAAUCGCUGAGGGACCCACACAGCCUGAAGUCCCACGAGAGACUGCACACUGGAGAGAGGCCCCAUCGCUGCCCUGCCUGUGGAAAAGGCUACACCUUGGCCACCAAGCUGAGGAGACACAUAAAGUCGUCUCACAUGAUGGAGAAGCCGUACAGCUGCCACUGCGGCGCCUCCUACACUGUGAGACAAAGUCUGCUGAGGCACCAAGCUCAGCACCGGACUGAGGGAGGCACUGAGGAGGAGGCGGAGUCGGAGGGAGGACGCGAAGAGGAGACGAACAGCGGCGAGAAGGAGGUUGCGAAAGAGGCGGCGACUUCGGGCUGCAGCCACCCGAAGCCAAUCAGAGGCAGACCCAAGAAGAACUCGCUUCCUCAAGGGGAAGGAGAGAAGGAGGCGGCUCAAGUGAAGCGGAAAAGGAGGCGAGGAAAAGGGAAAGAGAAGGAGGCGAGGCAGGCGGGGAGUAAAGAAGAGGCUGAGACCUCGGGAGCAGGGAGGGGAGGAGAGGGGGAGGCUGCGGGUGACAUCCAGCACGCCGUCGUCUACGUCCAGGCAGACGACCUGUCCGCGCCGAGCUCCGCCCCUCUGCUCCUGGCCUCGGACAGCUCGCUGCCUGCAGGGACGGGGCAGGAGCUGGUGGAGGUGGUGAUAUCGGAGGGCGCGGAGCAGUGCAUUGUGGUCGCCGGGCAGCAGACGGUAGGAGAGCUGCUGAUCUUACAGGAGGAGGGCGGCGGACUCUGCUCUGUGGCUCAGACAGUUGAGAUAAACACAGUGUAGCCUAAAAUCCUGGUUCUUCCUGUCUCUGGUGGCUCCCGCAGGACUGAACCUUCAGGGACCGGAUCCCAUCACGUCACUCUGUGUUCAUUGUGUUCAGUGCAUCUCGUUACCCUCAUGAUUUCGUUGAACAGACCUUCCCUUCAGUUUAUUCUUAUUUACAUACCCCAGACUGCCGGUGAACACAGAUCAGACAUGAACUCAUUAGACGUAAUGAGCUGCUGGAGGAAACAGCGAGACCAGUAACUACUGUGAUGGUUCCCAGUCUACAGCUAGAGACGUGGAAGUCCUGCUCCUUAGACGCCAACAUGUGUUAUUGAAGGUCUGCUUGUGUGUGUGUGUGUGGAAACCGGCCCCUGAGCCUCCUCAGUGAUGGAUUUCUCUAAGCGAAAUAAAACAGUAAAACACACGUGGAAAUGCAGCACAUCUGUCGGCGUGUCUUUACAGAGACAGACCUGUUCAGACAGCCGGGGAACUGAAGGCAUUUUCACUCUCUUCAAAGCCACCAGACUCCUUUGACAAAAACAGUAAUUUGAAGUCACAGAACACAGUUAGCUCAGAUCCGAACUAAGAGCUGUCUGAAGAGGUCUAUCUCUGGAGGGAUCCUCUCUAUAAUGUUGUCAGACUCUUAGAAUAACAAUCUGAGCCUGUCAGUGGCAAAAACAAACACUUUUAGUGGACUCACUGUGACGGAUGCAGGAUGAAGGAUUACACUGCAGCCACUGCGGGCUGUUUCCUGGCUGUUGCAAGAACUAGCGAGUUUUUGUACCUAUUAGUCAUUUAGACACCAAAAUAUUUAAAAUAUAGAGCCCAGGUGUAAACCUUUAACACUGAUUAAUUCUGCAUUAGACUGGGUGUCAAACUGGUAUUUUAUGGUACCAACCGAGUAUUCACUGCUGUCUGAUGAAUUCAUCCAAUAUCAGUGAAAUAACAGUGAAUUACCUGAUGAAGGCUGC